AACCAAUCUGUACAUUCGCCAAUCUUAUUUUCUCAGUUUGCCAAUAAACUCAUGGAAUUUAUAUAGGAAGCCAAAGUAUACGAGUUGGUAGAUGGUAAUAUCUUGCCGCUAAAAAAAUACGUCCGGUGUUGAGAGUGCGAAAAUACGAGUGUAAAUCGGACGAUAGUUAGGCUGAAGGUUCAAAGCGUCCAACUCUUUCUGGGACUUACCGUGGAAGAACGAAACGCAUUUAUUCGUUCAGCAUGUAGCACAUGCAGGACUUUGAGAAUUUAAAGUGGCGGGUAUAAUAAUCCACGCGAAUAAAUUGUCUCCAAGUGUGAAGGGUAAAAUGGCGUUUUACGCGAAGAAAUAGGUAAUAACAGUGGGAGGUACUAAAAUUAGAGAAGCCACCGUGAGUGACUCUUUCUUUGCUUGUGGCUUCUUCGCACAUUUUCCAAUGGUCUCUCGUCCUGGUGAUACUCGGUGCUUCAAGUGCAAAAGCUCCAGUGACAUGUACUUGAUUGGAGCUUGUCGCACACGUCAAGUAAUCACUAUUUUAUUUAUAUUGUUAUCAAUGAAUUUUGUGUGUACUCAUGGGAGGAAAUGCGUUUGCAGCAGCAAGGCCUGUAAAGAAGCUGGUAUGGAUACAUGCAGAACGCGAUAUUCUUGUUAUACAGAAUUGAUAGUAAAUAAUGAUGGGAACGUUCGGUUAAACACGACAACCCGAGGAUGCACCGAAAGCCCUACGCCAUUAUUAUGCCAGACAAGAGCCAGACCAUCGCAAGCAAACGCCAUAACGUCCAGGACAUCCAGGACGGAUGAACUUUCUCCGCGUAUACGAGGAAUUCGAGUACCUUGGCCAAGACUUAACUGUUGUGACACACACGAUUACUGUAACACUGAAUCAAUUACCGAGUCUGACGAAGCAUCUCUGCUUUUUCCAACACCAACCCUUUUUCAAGGACACACUCUGCCUUCUAUCGAUCUUGAAACUACUACACAAAAGAGUCACAAUCUGUCAGUUCAAAUAUCCACGAACGAGAUCAGAAACAAUGGAUAUCUUGGAUCAAUCCAUUCAAUUUUACACGGGGAAGUAAGACCGAUUCACGUGGCUGUUUUGUUAUUGGCAAUAGCCGCAUUACUAUCGGUCUUGGCCGCCUGCUACGUAAUUACGAGGUUUCUUGGAGGAUUCCCAGGAAACGAUCUUCGUCAUACAGAAGGACAAUGCUGAAGUCGUGUUUGUAUGCUUUUGAUAGUCUACUAUCCUUUGGUAGAUAUUGAUAUAUACUUUGACUGGAUUCAUAAAUCCAGAAUGAGGUCCGCAUGGUAACGAGGUGCUACUAAAUAAUUUUAUAUCAAAAAGUAAACAAGUAACGAAAGAAAAAGUAUGAGCUAAUUGUUAAGAAAUUGGUUGCCUUAUUGGUAAGGACCGGAGAAGAUUUAAGGACUGGUUCUCUGACCGUCUCUCUGUGUGGCGACCACUGAUGACUGACAAAGACACUCAGCAGACAAUGGACAUCCAUCUAGCAGUGAGCAGGGCAACAUAAGAAGAAAAAUAAGAGUAUAAGAAAUAAAGGAAAAGGAAGACUCUGAAAAAUAAACAAGUCGUGGAAGGGGUUCCAUGGAUUCCAGGUGCCCCAACUGUUCCAAUAUAAUUAGUCACCGGUCGGCGAAAAGAGCCGACCACAUUGUGGAUACUCAUGCGAGGAAUCCAUGAGAAAUCUCAUAAAGAGCACACGGAAGUGUAGAAGGAAAAAAGGGGCACACGUCCCAGGAGAAGCGUGUCGGGACCCAGAGCAGGUGUCUUUGUCCAAGCAUUAGUCAGAAGCUUGUUGUCGUCGAAUAAUACUCGAUUACUCCUUGAGAAAAGAAAUAAAAGAAUUAGUGGAGCCAUCAAAUUCAGCCGUUUAACACAAAGGGUGAAGCAUUCCACAGAAUCGUAUGGUCCUAUCUUAGUCAAGAUCAAGCGUAGGUCCCCGAAGGCACCAGCUGGCUAAAAGAAUCGAGAAGUGGCGUCGCAAACCAGGUGUGUCUCGCUCCGGUCCCACAAGCGGAUACGAUAAAAGAUAAAACUCUGUAUGUGAACCGAUUGUCAGUGACUCUUCGCAGUUCUCGCACACACGAAAAAACCCUGAAGAAGACGCCACCGUGACAGUCCGUACGUAGACGAUAGGAUACACGAAAAAGGAGCCGUCUGUCGUUAUAAAGGUCCCUGCGGCAGAAACUUCUAUACCAAUACUCCUAGCCUGGCCGUCUGUCCCUGGUUAUGUUGGGGACUGACUGGGACCUACGAACAAACACAGGUAUACAUAGCGCCAGAGUGCGUGCACCGACUGGCACAUGGAUACAUAAUGCCACAGUAGGGAGCUUCUCCCUGCUUUAAAAACUAUCAGUGAGUGUUCUUGAGUGUCGGGAAACGGGUGCCCCUUGUUCUUGUGUAUUAGAGGGUGGAGGGGAAGGUGGGACGAGGGGGAAAGGCAGAGGCUGCCGUCGCUCGGCUGUUCGCUUUUCGAAGUGACUCAGUUGGACUCAGUCGACGAGGAGCGUCGUGAGCGAUUGAACGUCCGUGUUACACGUGCUCUUAUAACCAGUUACGUUAAUACGUCCGAGAUGCUUUAGUAUUUCUUGCAUGUGAAUAUAAUAAGCGAGGAGUCUGUUUUCCUUGAUUUCAUUUUUUGCAUAGAGUCCAGUUCAAAAAGAGAUUCCCAGUUUUAUUUAAGGCUGAAUUUUUUUUUAAUUUUACACGUGACAAUUAUUUUGAAACUUUUCGUGAAAAACGGAGAAGUAUCCUUUUCCUAGAGGAUUAUGGUCGAGAUUGUGAAAACUUAGAAGAGGACAAAGAUACAGAAGGAACAGAGGGGCGAGAGAGGAGAGGAGAUUACGCGCACGUGAAUCGCAAGAGGGUUUAUUACACAAAUAAAAUGUUGCCGAGGGAAUUGAUAACUCUCGCUACGAUAACGACGCUGACCGUCGCGACGUCCUCAGCAUCCAUCGAUUUGGACUUGGCCGAUUAUGAGAUGCUCACAGAAGCCACAGGGAAAUCCGUGAAUGACGGUUCACGAGACGUGCAGGAGGUGCGCUGCUAUUGCAAUCAACCUGAAUGCGUCGCUCAGGGAUACUUGUGCCGAGGACGUGGAUGUUUCACAGAAUUGCCCCUCAGAUCAAAUCCUUUGCUGCACAGCGAGCAUGGAUGCCUCGAGGAGAGUUUCAAGGAGAGACAAUGUCCUGCAGGAUAUCUCUGUUGUGAGCAAGACCUCUGCAAUCACGUAGACAGUCCAGCUAUGAGGAAUAGACUGAAUAAGACUCUCCAAGUGCUCAGUGGUGAUCAGAGAGCAUAUUCCGGUUCUACGGUACAGCAUCACAGCAACCAUGGUAGCCAAAAUACGGAUGGAUGGUUUAAAACAGCUACGAUAGCUGUUCCUAUAUGUGGCCUGAUUGUUCUACUUAUUCUGGCUAGUCUAGCGAUAAGACUUUUACAACCCUUGCCAAGUCAGGGUGACAAACUUGGACCCCAUCGAACACCUGAUAAUGGACCACCACUCCUUGGAAACCCCAAAGUGCCUCUCGUUUGAAAGAGCCGCUAAUCCAAAGACUUCCAUGGGAAGGAGCGGCUUAUCGAUAACGAUUACUGUAAUAAAAUAAUAAUGAUUAAGACUCCUAGAAAGCUAGCGGGCCAAUGUGUGGCUCCACUUGGCUGUGAAUAUUAUCAAGAUGAAAGAUGAAGUAGAAGGAAGAUACACUGACACGAUGCAUAUGCAUACACGUACACACAUGAAAAUGUAAAUUAUAUCUAUGUUGAAACCGUCGCAAUUUAUCAGUAAAUUACGACGAGUAUGGACAACAUCGCGUAUGUCCUUUUAUUUUUGUAAAUAGUACUAGGUUCUCCUAGGUAUUUCUAUCGUAUUACGGUGAGUUAGGGAUAUGCGAACAGUUCGAAUUUUGUAAUGUUUUCUACGUGAUUCCUUUUUUUUGUUCAUCAUACGCAAACGCGUAAAGUUCUCAAGAAACGAACCGCUCGCACAUUUCUCAAUGUAUUCCAUAUAAAUAUUAUAUUGUGAUAAUAUUCUAUAAUUAUGAUAAAUAAUAUUAUUUACGUGUACUAAGAUUUUAUUCAUGACAUGUAUUCGCCUUUGCAGACUGACUCGAUAAGAAAAGAGAGAAAGAGUGAAAAAAAAAGUCCGAUUAAAAUAUAUCGAGAGAGUAACUUUA